AUGGCAGACACUAAAACGGUAUUCAGUACAUCAUCAGCGUGCAGACAGAACAGCAAGUUCACUGCUUCUAUUAUCUCACCAACCACCGUGGUGCUGACUAUCCAUAAAAGCCGCAGUACCUCAGCAUUGUCUGAACUCCAACAAGAAGUUAGGCAGUACGAACUGGCUACUACUACUGCUAGUAGUACUAGGGACGGGAACGACGACUCGCUGCACCGUAGCCAAAGUUUGCCUUCGCGACUUCGUGCUCUGACGCACCAUGCAACGCAGGAGGCGUUUGUUGGGAGCUGUGAAGACGGUCUUCUACCUGGCGAGCAUGAAGGAGGAGAGGACACAGCAGAACGGGCAGAGUCCACUGCGGUGGCAUCAAACAGCAGGGUGUCGCAGUUGGAGGCAGAAAUACAAAAUACCAGAAUGACCGUUUCUACCCUAGAAAAGACGAUACAUCACAUGAAGGUCUAUAUAGAUACACUUGAAAGACAACUCAAAGAUGAGGCACAGAACAACGAGCUACUAAAAGAAGAAUUGGAAGCAUCUAAGAAGCUGUGCUGCGAGCUUCAUGAGGCCUGUUCCCGUGGUGACAUGCCAAGCUCCGAGCUUAGCUCAAUGCAUCUUGUUAAUGACGUUGCGUCAGUCCAUCGCUCCGUUCAAACUCUCCAACAGGUCGAGCAAGAAACUGAACCGGCAAGACUGCCUGAUCAAAGCCAUGGUAAAAAAACUCAGAAUUGGUAUAGCAAUAUUCUUCGGCAAUAUUACACAUAAGAGGGCCCUUUUGAA